AUGGUAGAUCAUGGUCGUCAAUCAGAAGUGGACCCAUCAUCAACUCUUCCUCGCUUGUUUCACUCGAGGUCAAAUGAGGUUGAGGAUGGUCAAUCGACAAAUCCAAUGGAAGAUCUUUCGAAGAAAGACUUAUUGGCGCAUGCUGAAGUUGAUUCACCCUCCUCAGUUCCCCUGAUCCGCAUGAACACCGACAACGAAAAUAAUCACGACAACAACAAUAAUAUCGUAAAUUCAACUUCUACUGCCACGCCAAUGCAUCCUCAAGCUACGAGGUUAUACAAGAGAAGAUUUUUCGCUCUUGCACAAUUAUCAUUAUUGAACAUAAUAGUAUCAUGGUGUUGGUUAACGUUCGCAUCAUUAUCAAAAACAUCUGCAACAUUCUUUGAUGUAUCUGAAAGUGCUAUCAAUUGGUUAUCAACAGGGUUUUUAUUUGCUUUUGUAAUAGCAUCACCCAUCACAUUAUAUUCACUGAAUAAAAAAGGUUGUAAAUAUUCAAUGAUAAUAGCAUCGAUCUUACUACUAUUGGGAAGUUGGAUAAGAUAUAUUGGAACUAGAUUACCUGAAAAUUCUAGUUCUAAUUCUAAUCCUGAUUCGUCAAUAAAACGCAGAUUUGGAAUGGUCCUGUUUGGUCAGAUCAUUAUUGGUUUUGCACAACCUUUUGUCCUUUCUGCUCCGACAAGAUUAAGUCAUCAGUGGUUUAGCGAAAAAGGUAGAAUAACAGCUACUGCUUUAGCUAGUUUAUGUAAUCCCCUUGGAGGUGCUCUCGGUCAAUUGAUUGGUCCAUUCAUGGCUGAUUCUCCUGAACAAGUUCCCAAUCUGGUAUUAUACGUUGCUAUUAUUACCACAGUCAUCACAGUCCCAACAAUCUUCAUUCCAGCCGGCCCGCCAAUUCCACCCACUACAACGCCGUUCCAAGAUACCAAAAUAGAUAUGAAGACAAUACGAUCUCUAUUCUCCAACUUGACAUUUCACUUGAUAGCUUGGCCAUUCAUAAUAUACGUCGCAGCAUUCAAUUCGACGUCAUCUCUUCUAAAUCAGAUUCUUGGACCAUAUGGAUUAUCAGAAGAUCAAGCAGGUAUUGAUGGAGCCGUCAUGAUCGUCGUAGGACUAUUGGCAUCUGCAAUCGCAUCACCGAUAUUAGAUCAUUACAAAUUAAUUAGAUUGACAGCAAUCAAGAUUCUGGUGAUCACAAUAUCAGUCAUGUACAUAGCAUUCAUCUAUAUACCUAAAACGAAAAAUUUAAUCGGUCCAGCUAUAAUCUCAGCUAUAAUAGGAUCAAGUUCAUUCAUCUUAUUACCUCUGGCAUUGGAAUUAUUAGCAGAUGUCACAUGGCCUAUUGGACCUGAAGUCUCUUCUACGAUCUGUUGGUCAUUAUCUCAAUUAGCAGGUGGUAUUUUAUUGGUUUCAAUGUCAGCGUUAAAAGGUGGGAUGAAGAAUGAACCGGAUAAUUCAAUGUUCAGAUCAUUAGUCUUACAAGGUGUACUAUGCUGUAUAGCAGCUCCAUUACCUCUGUGUCUAGGUUUAUGGGGAACUGGAAAACGUAAAAGAGAUUCUAAAGGUGAUAUCAGUACCGAUCCGAGUACAGAAGGAAAUGAAGAAAUUCGAUUGGGAACGGGUGCUAUGACCGCCUAA